AUGGAGCUGAAAGACGAAUGGAUUCAAGAGGACGACGUUUACAACAAUCCGUUGCUCAAGCUGACUAUCAACGGGCUCAAGUAUUAUGGUAUUUUGCUGUACAAGAGUCAGCCGUUGAAAAAGUUAAACUGUUUCCGAGGAGUUUGCUUCACGGCUUCGAUGUUGGCAUUCAACGUGACGCAGUACGUCGAUCUGUAUCAGGUUUGGGGAAAUGUUGGGGAGAUGACGGCAAAUGCGGCGACGACCUUACUCUUCACUACGACUAUCUUGAGAAUAUUGCAUUUCUAUUGGAAUCGAGCAAAAUUCAACAACGCCAUAAAGACUGCUGACGAAGGUGUGCAGCACAUUCUUCGAUUCGGUUGUGGACAGGAGAAGUUAAUUUUCUGGUGGAACGUCAAAUAUAUGAAACAGCUGACAGCGGUCUUCUGGAUUUGUGCUCUGGUUACGGCAAAUACCAUGUGCGUCUACGCUUUGGUCCAAUACCACAGCUUGGAGUCGAUGGAUCGCACCAACUCUACAGAACCCUUUGAGCCACCUACAAUCCUGCGAUCGUGGUAUCCCACGGACAACAUAAUGGACAGCUUCGUGCCCAUCUACCUUAUUCAACUCUAUAUAAUGUACGUGGGUCAGUUGAUUGUUCCCUGCUGGCACGUGUUCAUGGUCAGCUUGAUGGUUUACGUCCGAACAGCGUUGAUGAUCUUGAACUACAAGCUAGCUCACUUGGAUCAAUACGUCGUUUCUGGGCUGCGGAGUGGACGCAAAAUAAAGAAAAUUAAUGAUCCGGAAGAGGAGCGCUGCACCAUUCGAAGGGAGCUGAUCAUAGAAUGCAUUCAACAGCAGCAUAAGAUCUACGACUUUACAAGGGAGUUGGAAGGGUUGACCAGGGCUGCGGUGUUCAUGGAUUUCGUGGUGUUUUCAGUGUUGCUUUGUGCUCUCCUGUUUGAAGCGUCAAUGACGCAAUCAAUAGUACAAGUAUUCAUAGACGUUUGCUACAUCAUGACAAUGACGGCCAUUCUCUUUCUAUACUACUGGCACGCCAACGAAAUCCACUACCAGGCAAACCUUCUCUCCAGUUCGGCAUUCAUGAGCGAUUGGUACAACUACCCCCGUUCGGUUAAUCGCCAUCUGAUCACCUUCAUCUGCUACACCAACAAACCGCUCAAAAUGAAAGCCUUUAUUGUUGCAAUGUCACUGGAUACUUUCCUGGCGAUUCUCCGAGCUUCUUACAGCUAUUUCACGAUCCUGAAACAAGUUGCUGGCUAA